AUGGCCAGGCGUGUGCUGGAAGAUGGACUGUCCUCUAAUGGUGUGCUCCGAUCUGCAGCCCCAGGUGGAAUAGCCAACCCAGAGAAGAAGAUGAACUGUGGGACACAGUGUCCCAACUCCCAGAGCCUCAGCUCAGGCCCUCUGACCCAGAAACAGAAUGGCCUUUGGACCACAGAGGCUAAAAAAGACGCCAAGAGAAUGUCCACAAAAGAAGUCGCUAUUAACGUUACAGAGAACAUCCGGCAGAUGGACAGAAGUAAAAGAAUCACAAAGAACUGCAUCAAUUAACAGGGUCUAGAUGUAGGAGCAGAGGAACUUCAUUGUGGAGUUCAAUCAAAGAAUCUUGAAGAAGUGGGUGUCCCUUGUAAACAUGGCUGCCUCUGAGCAUCUGCAGAGAUGGCUUGAUCAGACAAGACACAGCCACCCACGCUGUGAGGACCUUCUCAGCCUCCUGUUUAUCACAAACAAACAAACAAAAAUGGAUGGAAAAGUUCUGAAAUAUGUUCACAGAUUGCCAAAACGUGGUUUGUUUUUCCCCUUUGCAGCUUCCGUAGCAUGGUCUGCUGUAGCCACGUGAAAUUCAUGGGUCUGUGAACGACCUAGAAAUGCAGGAGUAGUGGAUUUCUGGGGCCAGGGUCACACACUAGUGUGAAGCUAUUACCGUGCGUGGUCUUAAACAAGCCCCUUCUGUCCUCCUCUCUGUCUAAAAACAACUAUCACAAAACCUAGUGUUUUCACUUCAGAGCUGGUCUCAUCCAGAAAUAUAGGAACAGGAGAAACUCGGUUUGAGAUAGCUCCAUCCCAGCUGCCAAGGUUGACUCCACCAGUGCCCGUGGAGUGUCUUUGAGAGGGGGCUGUGACACAGUCACACCUGGUCAUCUUCUACCUGGAAAGGCCACCCCCAAGGCUGGCAUCCAGACACUGGCUUCCAAAUCAGAGCAUCACAAUGCCCAAGGCCAAGGCAUCCGACCUGCAGCCCCUCUGGGACCUAGCAUAGCUUUCCAGUUCCCGUUUAUUCCCAUGACCUCCAGUCAGGUCAUUUGCAAUUGUAAAUCCAAGACUGGAUACCAGGAGGGAAGUGACCUAGGAACACGGGGUGGCACAGACGAUGCCCCUUUGCCCUUUCUGUAGACAGCCCCGAGGACUAUGUUAUUUCGGUAUCUGCAAAGCUAUUCGUUCAGGAAGCCGGAACCUGGUUGAUGUGUAUUCGUGUUGACGUUAGCCUGACGAGGCACUGUGUUGGAAAACAGGCAGUCAACACAGCAAAAUGAUGCUCCGAGAGGAAUCCUUCUCUAGCAUUUUUUAAACAUAUCUUCCUGAAAAGUAUAACAUAAUAAGAGUUUGAGAGGACUGUUAACAAGCUUGGGCUUAGGAAAGGUGUAGUCUGAGUUGUGUCAAACUGUACCAACAAACUCCACAUUUAGCAGCAAUAGCAGCCUGGUGACAUGUUUAUACGACCCAGUCCAAGAACAGUAACCUCGGCAGACUAAAAUGCAGAUGCUCAGCCCUUUCUCUCAUAUGAUUUCCCCAACACGUGGAAUGGUAGACCGUGUGUUUGUUAGUAUUAAACAUUCACUGCCAACCUUGUGCCAGCUGCGGUAACAGUUGUGGAGGGAUUUGGAGUCUGGCCAGUCACGACUGUCCCUUCUGACUCUAUAGGUGACCUUGACACUCAGGAGACUGACUUGGACCCUACGGCACAGGACCAAUUAUUACAGUGGAGUCUCACUUUUAGGUUAAAGGUAGCUUUCUGUCAAUCACAGAUGUAGGUAUUUGCCUGCCCACUGUCCAAGCCUUUACCGUAUAUACCACAGUCUCCCCAACCUCUCUCCUCUUGACUCCUUGUCAAAGGGCUUUUAGGGAACUUCAUGUUCUGACAAUUUAACUAAUACACAAAAGCAAGCCCCGUGACUCCCGUGUCCUCAGUGGCACCGCUCGGCAGGAGUCCUGCUGCAAGGUUGCCGGCAGUGGGAUCCUGUGAGCUCAAGGGCUUGCUCUCCAGGGCAUGUGCGCUGUGUUUGGACACGCUGCUUCCCCAGCUGAUGGGCUGUCCGCCACGGGCUAAGGCCAGCUUCUCUUCCCCACUCUGUGUUUGCCUCAGUUCACUGAUGCACGUUGUUUGAAAUUCACCAUCUGGAAAAGUGGUCUCUGCCUGUAUAGGAACACCUUCUCACUUUCAGAGAAGGGAUGGAGGGAGGGCCUGUGAUCUGGCCACACCGCUGAAAUCUCCAUCUGGCAAAUUUUAAAUGUGUGUUUAAGACAGGAACUGAUUCUUACUAUCCUAUUGGAUAACAUUUUCCAUUUCUAAGUUUGUGUCAAUAAAGUCAUUAAUUUCAAACAUA